AUGAGGUCGGAUCCCUGGAAGCUCGUCAAGGCUGGGAGGAGACCGGCGAAAGUUCUUCAAUCAUGGAACAAAGUCAACCUCUACAACCUCAAACACGCCAGCAUCCCCCAUACCUCCUCCAAAACAUUCUUCCAGCAGAAAUGGAUCGCCAAGUCCCUCGCCCGCACAUACCACGGCGAGCAGGUCCGCGAAUCGCAGUGGGAGAAAAUGUUCUCCCGUCGCUUGCGUUCCGUCGUGCCCAUGGAUGCCAAUUACCUCGCCCGUAACGACGGUUCCUUCGAAUCCGCCGGUCGAGGAUCCGGCUUGGAAGGUGUUGGUCCGCGUAGGGCCCCGCUCACGCCCCAUAUGCAGAUGACCUUUGCGCCGCUGGAGCGGAGGCUGGAUGUCGCUAUCUUCCGUGCCAUGUUUGCUAGCAGCACGAGGCAGGCGAGGCAGUUUGUUAUUCAUGGUUCCGUUACUGUCAAUGGGAAGAAGAUGAGAUACCCAGGAUACCUUUUGAACCCGGGCGAUCUUUUCCAAGUAGAUCCCGAACGAGUGAUGUUUGCGACGGGCGCGCCCAAGGACCCCCAACAACGCCGCAGAGGUCGUAAACGGCGCAACCGGACCCCGGUGGAAGCAGCCAGGGAUGAAACCGCCAAUGCAGCCGCAGAAACAUCUGCGCCCAUUGAAGGAGCUGAGACGCCUGCGGAAAACGCAGAAGAAGCAGAGAAACCUAUUGAAAAAGCUGAACAGAAAGAACUAUCUCCCGACGAAGCCCGGAAUACAUUAACCCGCCUCCUUUCCCAGGCCAAGGAGUUCAUGAACAACAAGGAUGUCUCCGCCCCUGCGCAGAGGCUCAACCUCAACAACUUCCGCAAGGGUGUCCGACAAGCCCUCUCCAGUGCCUUCUCCAGCACCGAUGUCGUCGAAGACCUCGAAGCCCAAUUCCUCCAACUAAAAGCCCUAGCCGAUAUAUCCCCCUCCAAAUCAAAACCCACAACCGAACCCUCCACUUCAAGCCACGCCUCCACCACCACUUCCUCAACCUCCUCCGCCAAUCUCCCCGAAUCCGUCCUCCCAACCCCGCCACCCCACGAAAAAUCCUCCGCGAAACCCACAUCCACCCCAAGCACCCCUCAAGACCCCGUCCUCGCCGCCGCCCUCAAACAAGCCAUCGAAAACCCCACCGCCCCGCUGGACGAAGCCACGCACCCCCAGAUCUCCGAGGAAGACCUUACCGUCCUUCGCCAGGCCCUGUACCAGCUGCACGAGAACCCGAUCGACAGUCUGAAGCCGUACGCCACCCCCUGGCGGCCGCGCGACUACAUGAGCGCCUUCGCGUUCAUCCCGCGCUACCUGGAGGUGAACCAGAAUAUCUGCGCCGCCGUGUAUCUGCGCCAUCCCGUCGCGAGGCCGGGCCGGUCGGAGGUGCCGUCGCCGUAUCCUGAUUCUGUGAACGGCGCGGCGUUUGUGUGGUAUUUGAGGCGGAGGUAG